AUGUACGAAGGUACUGGGGAUCCUGACAAUUAUAUCGCCCAGUACAAGGAACGCAUGCUAGCAGUAGCAAUCCCCCGGGACGCACGGGAAGCUACCAUGUGCAAGGGAUUUGGAUCGACCUUGACUGGCCCUGCCCUCCAGUGGUACAUCAAUCUUCCUACCAAGUCCAUCAUGUCCUUUGCAGCACUUAGGGACAAGUUCGUAGAGCAAUUUGCUAGUAGUCGCAACCUAGAAAAGAACUCAGACGACCUCUAUGAAGUCUUCCAGCAUAGGAACGAACCCCUUCGUUCCUACAUAGCACGCUUCAACCAAGAGAAGGUGGCUAUCCCUGAAUGCAACGCUGAUACGGCUAUCUCAGCCUUCAAGCGGGGCCUACUCCCGGAGGGAGACCUUUACAAGGAGCUGAUCAAAUACAAGUACAGGACUAUGUAG